AUGGAGCCCUCGGAUAGGCUAGCGUCGGACCAGAAUGUAACGCAGUUCGUUCAGUCGUUCAUUACCAAGGUAGUGCAGGAUAUCGAGGUCGCUUUUAACCCGGCGCAUACUCAAUCUCUCGACGAUGGCGCGUUUGACCUCGCAGUAGCACCCAUCAACUCGGCAGCCACCGACGGAAGCCUAGUCGAAGAUAAGGAUAUGCUAGACGUUAAGUACUGGGACGUGAACAUGCUUGCAGGUUCAGUUACCGACCCAGCCAAGACUUUAGGCGGAGACGGGAAAGUAGUAACCGUGAAAGCCGGCGCGACUGCCGCUAUAGGGCUUCCGCCAGGCGCCGUGGCCACUGUUCCUGUUGGUUCUAGCGCAAAUGGCGCCGGAAAUCCCGUGGGAACCAUGGCGGGAGGCGGAGUGAUCAUUCCUGACGUGGAUCCGGAGAAGGAGGGCGAGUCGGAGGUGAAGAUAACGAACAAGCUGCGGCGCGAUGCGUUCCUGGUGUUCCGCGCGCUGUGCAAGCUGUCUAUGAAGGCUCCCCCGGCGGAGGGGGUGGUGGAUCCGUUCGCUGUGCGCGGCAAGGUGGUCUCGCUGGAGCUGCUGAAAAUCUGCCUUGAGAAUUCUGGCGCUGUCUUUCGCACCAACGAGAGGUUCGUGGGCGCAGUGAAGCAGUACCUGUGCCUGUCGCUGCUCAAGAACUGCACGUCCUCCCUCAUGUCCGUCUUCCAGCUCUCCUGCUCCAUCUUCUUCUCCCUCCUCACGCGCUUCCGCUCCGUCCUCAAGGCCGAAAUCGGCGUCUUCUUCCCCAUGAUCGUGCUGCGCGUGCUGGAGAACGUCGCGCACGCCAACUUCCAGCAGAAGAUGAUCGUGCUGAGGUUCCUGGAGAGGCUCUGCGUGGACCCGCAGAUUCUGGUGGAUAUCUUUGCCAACUAUGACUGCGACGUGGAGUCCACUGUCAGCAUCUUCGAACGGAUGGUGAGCGGGCUGCUCAAGACAGCACAGGGAGUGCCGCCCGGCGCGGACUCAACGCUGAACGCGGCCCAGGACCAGCAGCUGCGCCUGGCCGCCAUCAAGUGCAUGGUGGGGGUGCUGCGCUCCAUGGGCUCCUGGACCAACCGCCAGCUCUGCGUCACCGCAGGCCCCAAGGUCGCCGCGGAAAUCGGCGCUGCUGCUGCAGCGGCAGCCGUGUCGGCAGCAGCAACAGCAGCAGCGGCUGCGGCGGCGGCGGCAGGGGAAGGGGCGGCUCCUGUGGCUGUGCCUGAUCUUCUGUCGGGGGAUCUGCUACCGGAUUUUGUAAAUCCCAGGACUGGGGUGUUGCCUGUUGCGAAGUCAGAGGAGGCUUUGGAGGAGGAGGCGCUUGGGGGGAUGCCUGCGGCUGGGGUGAGCAGUGGAAAUGAGAUUUCAGAGGCUUCGAUUCUGGAGCAGAGGCGGGCUUAUAAGCUGGAGCUGCAGGAGGGGAUAAACCUGUUCAACAAGAAGCCGAAAAAGGGGAUAGAUUUUCUGAUCAAGGCGAAGAAACUGGGCGAGGGUGCGGAGGAGAUUGUUGCGUUCCUGCGCAAAACAGAGGGGCUGGAUAAGACGAUGAUUGGAGAUUUCCUAGGGGACAGGGACGACAUGAGCAUCAAGAUCAUGCAUGCCUACAUGGACUCAUACAACCUCUCUGGAAUGGACUUUGACGAGGCCAUUCGAGCAGUGCUGCUGGGGUUCAGGCUGCCAGGCGAAGCGCAGAAGAUUGAUCGCAUCAUGGAGAAGUUUGCUGAGCGCUACUGCCGCUGCAACCCCAAGGCGUUCACCAGCGCCGAUACUGCCUACGUGCUCGCUUACUCUGUGAUUAUGCUCAACACGGAUGCGCAUAACCCUGGCGUCAAGACCAAGAUGAGUAAAGCCGACUUCCUGAAGAACAACCGUGGAAUCGACGACGGGAAGGACAUACCAGAGGAGUUUCUGGGCGGGCUGUACGACCGCAUCACACGGAACGAGAUCAAGAUGAAGCCGGAGAUCCUGGGGCCAGGGGGAGUGGUGUCAAAGGCUGCAGUGAGCAGCGCAGCGGGCAACGCGCUGCUGGGGCUGGAGAGCAUUCUGAACCUCAUGUCGGGACGCACACGGGCAACUACAGAGCUGGAGACGAGUGACGAGGUGGUGAAGCACAUGCAGGAGCAGUUCCGUGCCAAGGCGGGCAAGUCAGGGUCGGUGUUUUACGCCGCCUCAGACGUGCAGAUCAUCCGCCCCAUGGUCGACGUGGUGUGGGCGCCCAUGCUAGCCGCGUUCUCCGUGCCCCUGGAGACCACGGAGGAGGAUGCUGUCACGGAGCAGUGCCUGGAGGGGUUCCGAUACGCCGUGCACGUCACUGCUGUGAUCGGCAUGCACAUGCAACGCGAUGCGUUUGUGACGUCGCUGGCCAAGUUCACGUCGCUGCACUCCGCAGCAGACAUCAAGCAGAAGAACGUGGACGCCAUCAAGAGCCUACUGCUGGUAGCAGAGGACGAUGGGAACUACCUGCAGGACGCGUGGGAGCACGUUUUAACCUGCGUCUCACGCUACGAGCACCUCCACCUCAUCGGCGAGGGCGCCCCCACCGACUCCCACUUCUUCUCCGCCGCGCCGCAGCUUCCCCCGCUCACCCAGCAGCAGCGCCCGCAGCCGCUGGACCCCCAGGGGAAGAGGGGCGGGGGGAGGGGGGUGGCGGCGUCGGUGUAUGGGGGCGGAGAGGGGCGGGGGAUGGUUGGGGGUGGGCAGAGGGAUGCUGGGACGCCGCAGGGGAGUGCAGGGGAUGCUGGGACGCCCAGGGGGCAGGCGAAGAGGUUUGGCGAGGGAGGCGAGGCUCCUGCCUGGAAGAAUGUAACUGGGAAGCUGAACCAGGUGGAGAAGCUAGUGAGGCGAGGGUCAUACGACCCACAGGGGAUGAUCGCCGGAGGACCCACAGGGGUGGGUGUGGGCGUGUCCCUCUCGCACCUCUCCCCCGACCAGGUGCAGCUGCUGGUGGCUAACCUGGGUCUGCUGGAGCAGGUGGGAUCGGACGAGGUAUCGCGUCUCUUCUCCCGCAGCGAGCGCCUCAACGGGCAGGCGAUAGUGGAGUUCGUGAAAGCCCUCUGCAAGGUGUCUCUGGAGGAGCUGCGCUCGCCCACGGAGCCCAGAGUCUUCUCUCUGACCAAGAUCGUCGAAAUUGCCCACUUCAACAUGAGCCGCAUUCGGCUCGUCUGGUCGCGAAUCUGGGCCGUGCUGGCAGACUACUUCGUGACGGUGGGAUGCAUGCCGAACCUCUCAGUGGCCAUGUAUGCCAUCGACAGCCUGCGCCAGCUGGCCAUGAAGUUCUUGGAGCGCGAGGAGCUGAGCAACUACAACUUCCAGAACGAGUUCCUCAAGCCGUUUGUGGUUGUGAUGAGGCGCACUGCGAGCGUGGAGAUCCGGGAGCUGAUUAUUCGCUGUGUGUCGCAGAUGGUGUUUGCGCGCGUGGGGAACGUCAAGUCCGGCUGGAAAAUCAUGUUCAUGGUGUUCACCACAGCAGCAACCGACGACAACAAGAACAUCGUCCUUCUCGCCUUCGAGACAAUCGAGAAGGUCGUGCGGGAGUACUUCCCCUACAUCACCGAAACCGAGACCACCACCUUCACCGACUGCGUCAACUGCCUCAUCGCCUUCACCAACUCGCGCUUCAAUAAAGACGUCUCCCUUAAUGCCAUAGCCUUCCUGCGCUUCUGCGCGCUAAAACUUGCCGAGGGGGACCUGGGAGCGACGGCACUGGAGAGGGAGAAAGGGCUGAGCCCCACUAAGGUGUCGCACCUGCCGGGGCACCCGGAUGGGGAGGAGUUUACUGAUAAGGACGACCACCUCUACUUCUGGUUCCCGCUUCUCGCUGGUCUGUCGGAGCUCACGUUUGAUCCCCGGCCCGACAUCAGAAAGAGCGCAUUAGAGGUCCUCUUUGACACCCUCCGCUUCCACGGCCACAUGUUCUCCGCCGCCCUCUGGGAGCGCGUCUUCGAGUCUGUCCUCUUCCCCAUCUUUGAUUAUGUUCGCCGCGCCUCCGAACCCCAGCACGGCGAGCAUGGCGGGGUGAUGCUAGGAGCCAAGAGAGUCGGCGGCGGGGGAGGAGGAGGGGAAGGAGGAGGUAAAGGAGGGAAGGGAGAAGUGGGAGGGGUGCCGGGAGGAGGGAGAGGGGGAGAGGGGGCAGGAGGAGGAGUUGAUGUGCCGAUUCACAAGCAUUCGCACCAUAAGGGCGCGCCGCUCUCCCGCCACCCGUCCACGUCAGAAGACGAGCGGCUCCGGGUGGCAAGAAGCGGCAGUCCUGAUCCCGUAUCUGAGCUGGAAAUGGAUGCAUGGCUGUAUGAAACCUGUACUCUAGCGCUUCAGCUAGUAGUCGAUCUCUUUGUGAAGUUUUACAGUAAAGUGAGUCCGCUUCUAGGGAAGAUUCUCGCGCUGCUGACGUCGUUCAUUCGCCGGCCGCACCAGAGCCUAGCGGCGAUUGGCGUGGCGGCAUUUGUGCGGCUUAUGAGCAACGCGGGAGGCCUGUUUUCUGAGGAGAAGUGGGAUGAGGUGCUGACAGCGCUUAAGGAAACGACAGGGACGACCCUUCCUGACCUGGCUGGGGUGGUGAAAGCUGCAGAUCUGGAGGACGAGGAGGAGAGGGAGUUGGAGCGGCAGCAGCAGAUUAAGGAGGCCAGGAGGUUCGAUUUCACGCGGGAUGAGGAUGAAGAGGAGCAGAGGCAGCAGCAUCAGCAGCUGGCUGCUGCGGUUGCUGAGGCGGUCGGUGCUGCUGCUGGGGGUGGUGGCGUGGACGGGGGAGAGGAGGAGGGAGUGGAAGUCAAGAGGCCCAUGACGUUGGCAGAAGCUGUGGCGGAUGUGCGGUGCAAGAUUGCAGUGCAGCUGCUGCUGGUGCAGGCAAUGACGGAGAUAUUCAGCAUGCACGGAGCGGCCCUCUCCGCCCCGCACACCCUCAUUCUCCUCGACUCGCUCCACCGAGUCGGCACGCACGCCCACGCCAUCAACUCCGAUCGCCUGCUGCGCUCGCGCCUACAAGCCCUCCACCUGGCGACUCAGAUGCCCGACCCGCCACUGCUGAGGUUAGAGAGUGAGGCGCUGCAUGCGUACCUCAGCCUGCUGCAGCGCCUGCCCCGAGAGAAGGCUCAACUCGCUAAGGAGGUGGAUGUGGAGCUCCGGCUGGUGAUCCUCUGUGAAGAGGUUUUACGGGUAUAUGUGGGAACGUCUCAAGGCAAGCUCGCACUCAUGACUGAAGACCCAAGAGGAGCAGACGCCCCGCCCCUCCCUCCCAUUCCUCUCGCCGUACCUCUCGGCUCGGCUCGGCGCCGGGAGCUGGUGGCUCGGGCGCCGCUGGUGGUGGCCACACUGCAGGCGGUUACGGCAUUGAAGGAUGCAGCGUUUAAGAAGCAUCUGGCGAGGUUCUUCCCGUUGCUGGCGGAUUUAGUGAGCAGCGAGCAUGGGUCGCCGGAGAUUCAGGUUGCUUUGAGCAAGAUGUUUUCGUCAAGGAUUGGCCCUAUAGUUUUCUCUGUAGCAGAGUGA